AUGGAAAACAAAAGCAGAUCUUUGAUUCAGAGUCAAUUUGGGCUCAUUAACUAUAGCAAAAAAUAUCUUACAGCUGAGACAUUUGGAUUUAAAAUCAAUGCUUCUGCAACCAACAUGAAGAAGAAACAGAUCUGGACCUUGGAAAAAGAUUCUAAUGACUCAAAUGUUGUUUUUUUGAAAAGUCAUUUAGGAAGGUACUUGGCAACAGAUGAAUAUGGAAAUGUGACAGGGAACAAUGCGAGUCCUUAUUUCAAUUGUAGGUUUAUUAUUGUCGCUCAUGAUGACGGUUGCUGGUCUCUACAGUCUGAACCUUACAAACGCUAUUUAGGCGGUACUGAAGAGAAUGUUACAUGCUUUGCUCACACAAUUACAGCAGAGGAAAAGUGGAGUGUCCACAUUGCUAUGCACCCUCAGGUUAAUAUUUACAGUUUCACCCGCAAAAGAUAUGCUCAUCUCAAUUUCAAGCAGAAUGAGAUUGCCAUAGACAGAGAUGUGCCCUGGGGAGUAGAUUCUUUGAUUACAUUAGUUUUUCGGGACCAGAGAUACAAUAUCCAGACUUCAGACAAUCGGUUCUUGAAGAAUGAUGGAACACUGGCUAUGAAGCCCGAUAAGAACACUGGUUUCACUCUUGAAUUCUGCUCAGGGAAAGUGGCAUUUAGGGACUGCAAUGGUAAAUACUUGACUCCUUCUGGACCAAGAGGCACUAUGAAAUCUGGUAGGAAUACCAAAGCUGGAAAAGAUGAGCUAUUUAUCUUGGAGCAGAGCUAUGCACAAGUAGUGCUUACUGCUAGUAAUGAGAAGAAUGUUUCUACAAGGCAAGGAUUGGAUCUUUCUGCUAACCAGGAUGUGGAAGGAGAUCAGGAAACCUUCCAAAUGGAGAUUAACAAGGAGACAAAAAAAUGUGCUUUCCGAAAUUGCAACGGGAAGUACUGGACUCUGACUGCUAAUGGAGGUUUGCAGUGUACUGCAUCUGAAAAGAAUGCAGAGUGCUACUUUAACAUAGAGUGGCAUGGAAAAAAAAUCACUUUAAAGGCUGUCAAUGGGAAAUAUGUGGCAGCUAAAAAAAAUGGGCAACUAGUGGCAACAAUUGACAUUGCAGGAAAGAGUGAAGAGUUUCUGAUGAAACUAAUUAACAGACCACUCAUUGUGCUGCGUGGAGAGCAAGGCUUCAUUGGCUGCAGGAAAAUAACAGGAACGAUUGAUUCAAACCGUUCCUUCUACGAUGUUUUUCAGCUGGAAUUCCAUAAAGGAGCCUAUAGUUUUAAAGAUUCAACUGGAAAGUACUGGAUGAUUGGUUCUGAAUCUAAUGUGGUCAGCAGCAGUGACUACCCAGUGGAGUUCCUUUUGGAGUUUUGUGACUUUGAUAAAUUAGCAAUCAAAAUAAAUGGAAAGUAUCUCAAGGGUGAUCAAACAGGGGUGCUUAAGGCUUCAGCAGGCUCUAUUGACAGUUCAGCUCUCUGGGAAUUUUAA